AUGGCAUCUGCACACGCAUUAGUUCAUUCACUCCUUUUCUUGGUGUUGAAAAAUCGCCUAUCCUUAGCUGCUACCACGAACGGUUCAAGUCCUCGCCGGAUUGUCACUAGGCUCAUUCACCGAGAUUCACUCCUCUCUCCAUACUACAACCCGAACGACACCAUCACCGAUCGCGCCACGCGAAUUCUGCAAAGCUCAACCGCAAGAUUGGCCUACUUCGAAGCCAAAGUCCUCGAGACGAGCGUUCAUCAGCUCAACCUCAUCCCGUCCUUCCCCGAGCUCUUUGUCAACUUCUCCCUGGGCCAUCCUCCCAUUCGGCAACUCGCGGUCAUGGACACGGGAAGCAAUCUCUUGUGGGUCCGAUGUGCUCCGUGCAGGAAUUGCCGUGGACAAGCCACUCCAGUGCUCGACCCGCUCAGGUCGUCCACGUACUCAAGCCUGUCCUGCAGAACUCCCUACUGCAGCUAUGCCCCGGGCAGCAAAUGCGACCGGUCCGACUGGUGCAUCUACAACCAGACAUACUACGAUGGCCCCUCGUCAAGAGGAGUGCUUGCCAAGGAUCAGGUCACAUUCGAAACUCGGGACGACGGAGCAAUCACCGUGCCCGAUGUGGUAUUCGGAUGCGGCCAUGAGAACGGGAAAUUCAGGGACGGGAGGGUCACAGGCAUCUUGGGGCUCGGCGCCAGGAUGAUCUCCUUGGUAUCGAGGCUCGGCUCGCGGUUUUCUUAUUGCAUCGGCAAUCUGAUGGACCCGAGCUACGAGUACAACCACCUGAUCUUAGGCGAAGGAGCGAUAUUCCAGGGCUAUUCGACCCCGCUCGAAGUCGUCCAGGGGCUCUACUACGUCACGCUCGAGGGCAUAAGCAUAGGCCCGAAAAGGCUCGACAUCGACCGCAAUGCCUUCCGAAGGACUAGGCGACACGGCGGGGUGGUCAUGGACUCGGGGUCACCGAUGACUUGGCUGGUUGAGAAAGCGGCCCGGGCAGUCCACGGCGAGGUGAGGAGCCUGAUGGACGGGGUCCUAGAGCGAGUCCCGAACGGUCCGUCGUCGCUGUGCUACCGGGGCACGGUGGGGCGGGACCUGGUCGGGUUCCCGGCCACGACGCUCCACUUUGCGGGCGGGGCCGACCUCGGGCUGGAAGCGGCGAGCGUGUUCUACCAGGCGAAGGACGACGUGUUCUGCAUCGCGGUGGCCCGGAGCGACGUCGAGGGCCUCUCCAUCAUCGGGCUGAUGGCGCAGCAGUACUACAACAUGGCCUACGACGUCGCCGGGAAGAAGCUGUCGUUCCAGAGGAUCGACUGCGCGCUUCUUGACGAGUAG